AAUCUACAAAGAAUUAUCUCUAAACCAGUGUGGCAACACAGUAACCGAUGAUCUUAUAUUCCGCAUGUCAGCAUCUCGAAUACUCAGUAACCGUCUUACUUGAAUGUUUAAUGGUAAUACAUAGUGUAGUUACUUGAACUGGUUUCGACCGGGAUUUUUAUAGAGGCCAGUAUUUGGCUUUGCACAACGAGUAGGCAUCAUGAGGUUCCUUGAACUAGCUACUUUUAUUCUUCUAGCUGUUUUGGUUACAGAUACUUUAGCUAGUGAGAAGCCUAAAAAACAUAAGAAAUACAGGAAAAGGCCCGAAAAACUCGCCUCCACCUCAUUAGAUGAUAAACCCAGCGAUGUUCAAUCAGAAAACUUACCACCAAUGGCUGCAGCAGCUGAUUUUAUUGACAACAGAGUUCCUUUAAUUGACCCCUGCUUGGAUGUUCAAUGUGGAGCCGGUAUGGUGUGUGAAUUGGAUAAAGAAGGUGAAGCGCAGUGCGUCUGCAUCGCUUCUUGCCCUGAAGAAACGGAGUCCAGAAGAAAGGUCUGUUCCAACAUGAACGAAACCUGGCCAUCCGACUGCUCAGUAUACCAGCAAAGAUGCUGGUGUCGCAAUGACGAUCCCAAAUGCCAGGGUGAAAAAUACAAACAUGUCCACAUUGAAUACUAUGGCACUUGCAGGGAAAUGAAGACAUGUGCCGAAAGCGAAAUGGCCGAUUUCCCAAGACGUAUGCGGGACUGGCUCUUUAAUAUUAUGCGUGAUUUGGCUGAUCGUCGUGAGCUUUCGCCUCACUAUCUCGAAAUGGAAAAGGUUGCCGAAUCUAAUAUGACCAGAAGAUGGACUAAUGCUGCCAUUUGGAAGUUCUGCGAUUUGGAUGGACAUCCACCAGACAGAUACAUCUCUCGUCACGAACUUUUCCCAAUCCGUGCCCCGUUGAUGGCCUUAGAACAUUGCAUCGCUCCGUUCCUGAAUUCUUGCGAUAGCGAUGAUGAUCAUAGGAUCACCAUUAAAGAAUGGGCUAAAUGUUUGGAAUUGGAAGAGGAUGAUAUUGAAGAUAAAUGUGACCAACUGGCCAGCCUGGAAGACGCUGAGUAAACAUUUGAACAAACGAACGAACAAAUCGUUUUAAAUAUUAUUAAGUGAAAAAAUAAUUUACGUUUAAGUGAAUUAUAAAUGCAGAAUAACAUGGUGCUAAUGCUAAUUAAAUUUUAGGUUGUAUAAGUAAGUUAAUUAAACGCGUCAAUAAUUUGAAAUGGUAGGUAGUGUAAGGUAGUCUACUUAAGUUUUGCACAUUUUUUACAUACUUCCAUACAUACGUACUGCCCUAUCUUUAGUUCUUAAGAUUACUGUACAGAAUGAGCAUUAUAGGAAUGUGGCUUUCUAUAACUAAUAUAAUAUGUUUAUUUUUAUGAAAUUAAUAAUAAAGAAUAUUUUACGAAUUAUAAA